AUGUUGAAGCCCUUCCAAAUCAGAAACCUUCGGGUAUCCACUCAGCACCAACCAGAGCAGCUUGCGGAUUCUCGUCCUUCUGCAGGAGUGGUCCAGAUCUCUGCUACAGAUUACGAUGAUUUAGCGUCGAACCAUCCCCGCGCAAGGUUGACGUAUAUGGAUGACGAUGAUGAUGAGGAAACCAUCACCGUUGGAUCCGCUCUCGAGCUCUGUCAGCGCCUUGAGGAGCCCCUAGACAUUAAUACACAGCUUGGAUCCGUCGAGCUUUCUCCCGAUGGCAUCAGUCCGAUGCACAUAUUUGAUAUUCGUCGAUCAAACUCUGUGACCGAGUUGUGGAAGCGAUUUGAGGACAACGUCCCCAAACAAGGCUCGGCUGGUGAGAAUAACGACACGCAAGCUACUUCUAAGGCUAUUGUCCUCGAAGAGCAACAUGGAGACCCUGUUCCUCGUAUUACAACCCCGCCAGCGAUAUCUGGGGACCAGCCUCGGCCUCUUAUGGAAGCAUUUGAGGCUGAGCUAGCAGAGAUACUCAAUGCUUCUGAGUCGUCGGAGAGUAGAGUACCUCAGCCUAACUCACCACCGACUAAUGAGCCAUCAGCCAACACAAACUCUGGGCGAUCCCCUCAUCCUGUUGAGAUUUUGGCGGCGCAGGUUCUAGAUCAGCUGAUCAACGGAGCUAAUAUGGUACAAUCUGAAUGGAGAUCCAAAAUGCCUGAGCUACAGCGACAACUACAGAAUGCUCAGAGACAAUUUGAGGCUGCACAGAGAUCUCUGCCUGAGAACGUGGAAGCGUCAUUGCGGACACUACUCGCCACUGUUGAGGCUCACCUAAGGACCGCUUUUAAUAAUCUUCCAGAUGGCGGAAGGCAAAUGGCAGAAGAUGCCUUCCAAGCAGGAAGACCUGUCGCUGAGAACGCCGCUGAUGGUUUUCGUAUGAUGGCCACAGAACUCAACGAGGUCGGAAGGACACUAUUUGCCGCAUUCGAAAACGAGUUUGGCCGUGCUGGAUCAACAGCUUCUACGUCGACCUCAACUUCUGAGGCGCCAAACCCUAGAGCAUCUGGGCCUUUCUUUAACACUACUGCAAGCAAUGAAUCUGCGCCUCCAGCCACUCUGUAUUCCCAGAGCUCAGGCGCGACAGCCGCGAAUGAGAAAUCAACAGCAGACCCAGGCCGAUCGAACCCAUCUAAUGCUGCACAAACAGGAGUACCCCCUAUCCACAGUCGUCCUGGUCAACCCACACCCGCUCACUCAAAUCAUUGGGCGCCUCCGUCAUGGCCUGCUCCGUCUUGGAAUCCAUUCCACACUUAUAACCCACCCCCGCCUCCCUGUCCUCCUCCACCGUCGGCAUCGCUGCCGAAUUUCACUUUCUGGCCCCAAGGGCCACCUCCGCCUCCUCCUGCAUUCGAUCGCCCGUUGAAUGCUAAACAGACAUCACAAGUCAAGCCUAGAGAAUCGAAAAGCAGUUUAGCAACUAAAUCCUUGUUCAUUGGGAAUGUGGGUUUCAAGGUUACCGACAAGAUGAUACAGGAUGUGUUUGCUGCCAAGGGAUUCCUUGUCAAGGUGGAUCUCCCGCUAGAUACCGCAUCAGGAAGACAUGCAGGCUUUGGCUAUGUGCACUUCCCCUCGGAUUAUCCGGCUUUCGCUGCAAUGGAAGCUUUGCAAGGUGCUGUCAUUGACGGUCACUCGAUAAACCUUGAGCCUAUGCAUCAUCCUCCAAUCGAAAGUGUGCGUCCAGCACAUAUUUCACCCAAUGCCAGUACAACUACACAAGAUACUCAGACAUACCGCCCUCUGGCUGAGACCAGCGGUGUAAACAAUGCUCCGUCUGAACGAAACAGUGCCAUAUCGGCGUCAUUUUGGGCCCCGCUUGGUGUCGAGCCACAAAGGAAUCCAUCCAAGCCUGGCAAUACGGAUAGUCGGAGGAAAUCUGUCAGUUUUGUAGACCUCACGCAAAAUAUUGAUCCUGAUCAAGCUCGGACGGAAUCGUCCGCACUACUUGAUUCUCCAAGCGAGGACCCUGCAUUCAGUGCACGUUUUCCCUCGCUUUUACCCGAGUCGAGCGCACAGCAUAACGAUCCAUUGAGUGGUCAAGGCGUUUCCUCGUAUUCGCACACGGAGUCUCGUUUCCCACCUGUGUCUCAAUGGGAGGCUCAACUUCUUGCGAAUCGGCAGGAACGCCGUGGAACAGAACCUAUAACUGGUGUUUUGCAUAGUCAAUCACCAACCGACGCAAAGAACCGUGGGGGACUCUCCACUCACGGUUUACCCUUGCAUCCUUCCCCGAAGGAGUCUGGUCGGUCUCAACCAGCUUCUCAUCUGGAUGCGGCCGGCAGUCCGUCAUCGGUCGUUGAUGCUAGCCGAUCUUCUGACCAUAGCAAAGCGACGCGGGAUCAAAGCGGCCAUUCUUCCGGUGCCAAGGAGACUGUGCGCCCGGUGGUAAAUCCCAAUGAUCCCCAGUAUGCGGCCAAAUUGAAGCGUCGAGUCACCGAGCACGAAACUCACAAACCAAAUCAUCAGCACACUGCGGAGACUGGUCGUCAUCAUCUCCUGAAGCAUUCCGCAAGUAUGCGUCAUCUUGGGGACAGAUCGCAUGGUCCAGCGGGAACGGAUACAUGGGCUAGGCUGUCUAGGCGAGAACGAAAUGCUGCGUCUUCUCGCCAGCAAAUUCCCGGAAGCUUCCCGGUGGAAGAUACGACGAGGGCUGAACUCUCUCAUAUUCUUGACAGCAAUGUUCCUGAGUCUGAUGAUGCGGCGAUCGAACGAUGUGUCUCUGCCCUUGUCGACAUGGGCUACGGGGUUGAACAAGAAGGUGGACGGUCAAGAAUGGCUGUGUAUGCGGCAAUGGCAAAUGGUGUCCUCAUGGAUGCGAUUGAUAUGAUCGAAGAGGAAAGAUUGGUCUACGAACGGCGGCCUUCGCAGUGA